UUCAAACCCAAUGAAGGAUUGACGCGCUUUGCGGGCGUAAGUACUUAAAUAUCAGGUGAACGGCGUGUGAGAAGACCCAGCCUAUGCUUUCAACUUUAUUAACGAUCGAAAAUCAACAACCAACGUUAGCGGCAGAUGUCGUUUCGUCUGAUGACGUUGGCAGUGUCGCUGUGGCCUGUUGCGAACCUUCAGCCAAUCGUCGUGAAGCGAUGGAAAGGUAGCAGGAUGGUGUGAUUGACGGCUACGUCUGGCCCCCAACAGUUGGGCAGGCAGCUGCACCGUGUUGAUGGCUGAGGACAGGAACAUUUUGCGGGUUACCUGCACGGCUCCAGUGAAUAUUGCUGUAAUAAAAUACUGGGGGAAACGAGAUUCAGACUUGAUUUUGCCAAUUAACCCCUCUCUGAGUGUAACGUUGCAUCAAGAUCAGUUGAAAAGUACAACAACAGUUACUGCAAGUCGAUAUUUCAAGGAGGACAGAAUAUGGAUAAAUGGAAAAGAGGAAAAUAUCGAAAACCCAAGGCUGCAGACUUGCUUACGGGAAGUCCGUCGUCUAGCAAGAAAAAGAAGAAACACUGGUGAUGAAAAUUCCAACACAUUAACUCUCAACUAUAAAGUUCAUAUCUGCUCUGUAAAUAACUUCCCCACAGCUGCAGGUCUGGCAUCCUCUGCAGCUGGUUAUGCUUGUCUGGUUUAUGCACUUGCUAAGCUGUAUGGUUUAGAAGGAGAGCUAUCAGAGAUUGCUCGCCAGGGCUCGGGCAGUGCAUGUAGAAGCAUGUAUGGAGGGUUUGUUCAGUGGACUAUGGGAGUGAAAGAAGAUGGAAGUGAUAGCAUUGCUCAGCAGAUUGAACCAGAAACCCACUGGCCUGAGCUUCGAGUUCUCAUAUUAGUGGUUAAUGCAGAACAGAAGCCGGUCAGUAGUACUGCUGGGAUGCAAACCAGUGUCAAGACAAGUGCUCUACUGAAGUAUCGUGCUGAAAUUGUACCAAAACGAAUGCUGGAAAUGAUUGAAGCGAUCAAACAACAAGAUUUUGAAACUUUUGGUCAGUUAACUAUGAAGGACAGCAAUCAAUUUCAUGCCACGUGUCUUGAUACCUUUCCGCCAAUCUUCUAUCUUAAUGAGAUUUCCAAAUCUAUCAUUAAUUUGGUACAUAGAUACAAUUCUCACUUUGGAGAGACACUGGUAGCAUACACAUUUGAUGCUGGUCCCAAUGCAGUCAUUUACACACUAGAGCAGCAUGUGGAUGAGUUUGUGGAAGUUGUGAAACAUUAUUUUCCUCCAGAAGAAAAUGGUGAACAGUUCCUGAAAGGUUUACCAGUAAAUUCAGUCCCUCUUCCUGAGCCGCUGAAGUCCAGCAUCCACAUGGAUCCAAUUAAGGGUGGCAUUCGAUACAUCAUUAAUACUCAAGUAGGACCAGGGCCACAGUUGUUAGAAGACCUCAACCAUUAUCUUGUCGGUGAAGAUGGACUUGCCAAGCAGUAGUGUCUGAAGGAUAUCUUUUUGCAUAAAGUGAAGAAGUCGCAAGACCUUUCUGUUGACUAAUAAACUAACUCUAACUUGGAUAUACAAA